CGGCGGCUGCUGCAACAUCAGCUAACACACACACCACCUUACACACCACAGUGACCGGACGUGAACUUUAACGGGUAGCUCACAACUUAGCAGUGAGUUAAAGAAAAAACACACCGCUUCCCUCUAGCACAGUUCAGUCAGUGGAAACAAGGAAGUGACCAGCUGACCGACUUCCAGUUGUUUUGCGCCGGUAAAGAAAAAUGGUGAGCAAAUGUUGACAAUGGGGUUUCCUGCAUGAAGGAGGCUUGGACAUGUUUUCAUCUAAACCUCCUUUGUCCUGACACAGGGAGUUUUACAACCAGGACUUUCUACCUCAACACACGUGGAGUCCGCUCCUUCUUUUCUACCUCUGAAGACAGAUCUGCUCUUUCUACCUCAGCACAUACUAUUCGUGCACUGACUGUGCCAAAGCUGUUAUCUGUCGACACAGAAACGCCAGCGGACCCUUCACUUUAUCGCAAGGCUCUCAGUUGUUAGUCAUCCAGCCAUGGUGCAACGCAGCUAAGGUUCGUUCCCCCGCUCGGCCGCCGUCCUACCUGAAACCCCUGCUGGGAGGGACCACCUGAAACAGCCAUGUUACCCUGGGGUUUGUGAUGUCCGAGCCCCUUACCGGACCAGAACCAAAGGUAGAACAGGGGAGUAGUCUCGCUGUGGUUCCUCGCUUUGUGGUCGGCUGUGAAGAUGACGAACAGGACAUGGGCCAAAUGGAGGCAGGCAUGAAGAACGAGAUGUUUCGAGAAGAGGAUAUGGAGGAGGAUGACGAUGCGUCGCCGUCAGAGCGACAGAUCGUGGUUGGCAUAUGCGCUAUGAUGAAGAAGUCCAAAUCCAAGCCCAUGACUCAGAUCUUGGAGCGCCUUUGUAAGUUUGACUACAUCGAUGUAGUCAUCUUUCCUGAGGAGGUGAUCCUGGAACAGCCCGUGGAGAAAUGGCCCCUAUGCGACUGUCUCAUCUCCUUCCACUCCAAAGGUUUCCCUCUGGACAAAGCUGUAGAAUAUGUCAAGCUCAGGAAUCCACUGCUCAUCAACGAUCUGAACAUGCAGUAUUUCAUUCAGGACAGGAGGGAAGUGUACCGGAUCCUACAAGAAGAGGGUAUUGACCUACCUCGCUAUGCUGUGUUAAACCGAGACCCCGACAAUCCUGAAGAGUGUAACCUGGUGGAGGGGGAGGACCAUGUUGAGGUGAACGGGGAGGUGUUCCCUAAACCCUUUGUGGAGAAACCUGUGUGUGCAGAGGACCACAACGUCUACAUCUAUUACCCGACAUCUGCUGGAGGAGGCAGUCAGAGGCUCUUCAGAAAGAUAGGGAGCCGUAGCAGUGUGUACUCCCCAGAAAGCAGUGUUCGAAAGACUGGAUCCUACAUCUACGAGGAGUUCAUGCCGACAGAUGGUACUGAUGUGAAGGUUUACACAGUGGGCCCAGACUAUGCCCACGCUGAGGCCAGGAAGUCCCCAGCUCUGGAUGGGAAGGUUGAGAGGGACAGCGAGGGGAAGGAGAUCCGCUACCCCGUCAUGCUGACGGCCAUGGAGAAGCUGGUGGCCCGUAAGGUCUGCCUGGCCUUCAAGCAAACUGUAUGUGGGUUCGACCUGCUCAGAGCCAACGGCCAUUCCUUUGUCUGUGAUGUGAACGGCUUCAGCUUUGUCAAGAACUCCAUGAAAUACUACGACGACUGUGCCAAAGUCCUUGGGAACAUGGUAAUGAGGGAGUUAGCCCCCCAGUUCCACAUCCCCUGGUCCAUUCCCAUGGAAGCUGAAGACAUCCCCAUUGUGCCAACAACCUCGGGAACCAUGAUGGAGCUGCGCUGCGUUAUUGCCAUCAUCCGGCACGGAGAUCGCACACCAAAGCAAAAGAUGAAAAUGGAGGUCCGACAUCCUCUAUUCUUUGAAUUGUUUGAGAAGUACGGAGGAUACAAGUCAGGGAAGCUAAAACUGAAAAAGCCAAAACAGCUGCAGGAAGUGCUGGAUAUCGCUCGGCUGCUGCUGCUUGAACUGGGCCAGCACAACGACUGUGAGAUCGAGGAGAAGAAAUCCAAACUGGAGCAGCUUAAGACUGUCCUGGAAAUGGAAUCCAGCUUGAAUGACACUCAGUAUGGUCAUUUCUCAGGUAUCAACAGGAAAGUGCAGCUCACCUACCUGCGUAAUGGCCAACCUAAAGCCUCCAGUGAAGAAGAAGACUGUAAGAAGGACGGUCCGUCUCUGCUGCUGGUGUUGAAGUGGGGUGGAGAGCUGACACCUGCAGGCCGGGUUCAGGCUGAGGAGCUGGGCAGGGCCUUCCGCUGCAUGUACCCUGGAGGUCAAGCCGGUAAUCGCCGGUCCGUUGGCUGUGAGUCCCCUAUUGGUGACUAUGCUGGGUUUCCUGGCUGUGGCCUCCUCCGCCUGCACAGCACCUACCGACAUGACCUGAAGAUCUACGCCUCUGAUGAGGGCAGGGUGCAGAUGACGGCUGCUGCUUUUGCCAAGGGUCUGCUGGCUCUGGAAGGGGAGCUGACCCCCAUCCUGGUUCAGAUGGUGAAGAGUGCCAACAUGAACGGACUGCUGGACAGCGACAGUGACUCUCUCACUGACUGUCAGCAGAAGGUCAAGGCCAGGCUGCAUGAGAUCAUGCAGAAAGACCAGGAGUUUGCACAGGACGACUAUCAGAAGUUGGCCCCAACAGGUAGUCCGUCACUGGUGAACUCCAUGAAUGUCAUAGAGAAUCCAGUCAGAACCUGUGACAAAGUCUACGCCCUCAUCCAGAGCCUCACCUCGCAGAUCAGGAAGAGACUGGAGGACCCCAAGUCUUCAGACCUGCAGCUUUACCACAGUGAGACAUUGGAGCUGAUGCUGCAGCGCUGGUCCAAGCUGGAGAGAGACUUCCGCAUGAAGAACGGGCGAUAUGACAUCAGCAAGAUUCCAGACAUAUACGACUGUAUUAAAUACGACUCGCAGCACAACGCUUCACUUAGCCUGGAGGACACGCUGGAGCUGUUCAGACUGUCCCGUGCUCUGGCUGACAUAGUCAUACCACAGGAGUACGGCAUCAGCAAAGCAGAGAAACUGGAUAUUGCUCAGGCUUACUGUGUUCCUCUGCUGAAGAAGAUCCAGUUGGACCUGCAGAGGACCCAUGAGGACGAGGCAGUCAACAAGCUUCAUCCCCUGUAUUCCCGAGGUGUGAUGUCUCCUGGUCGUCAUGUCCGCACACGCCUCUAUUUCACAAGCGAGAGCCACGUUCACUCCCUGCUCAGCAUCUUCCGCUACGGAGGACUACUGAACGAGGAGAAGGACCAGCAGUGGAAACAGGCGAUGGACUAUCUGAGUGCUGUGACUGAACUCAACUACAUGACACAGAUAGUCAUCAUGCUGUAUGAAGACAACAAUAAGGACCCGUCUUCAGAGGAGCGCUUCCAUGUAGAGCUUCACUUCAGUCCAGGAGUCAAAGGAUGUGAAGAUGAAGAGAACGUGCCUCUUGGCUUUGGCUUCCGCCCAGCGUCCUCAGAGAAUGAAGACAAAAAGCCCAAUCAGGGCAGCCUGGAGGACCUUUCCCAGGAUCAACCAGACCAGGCUCUUCCUGUCUCAGAGCCAAUCAACAUCCAGCGAAGGUCCCCCAUGAUUCGCAACCGCAAAACGGGCUCCAUGGAGGUCCUCUCUGAGACUUCUCCCACCCAUUCCUCCAAAGGCUGCACAUCCCAUCGACUCUUCCAGUCGUGUUCGCGCCAGUCUCCUGAGAUCAAACCAGCCAGUGGCUUAGGCUCGCUCUGCUCUGGCCUCUUCAGUGCCUCUGCCCUUGGGGUGUCCUGUAGCGCCCCCAACCUGCGGGACUACGUACGUACGCACCACCACCUCCACCGAAAGCCACCCCUGUCCCCCGGCAGUCUGCCAUGCCAGAUUGGCAUGUUUGAGCUGUUCUCUAUGCCGCCAGUAAAGAGAUUUUCUGUGUCGUUUGCCAGGCAUCCGACUAAUGAGCCCUCUGAAGAGCCCCAUGUAGUCCAGCAGCAGGGGGGGCUUCCCACUGAGCCAGCCCUGCUGGGGCUUGUCCCUCUGGCUGUGGAUGGGGCCAUGACCCACCACCUGCACCACUGCCCCUACCACCUCCGCCUCCUCAAGUCUUGGUUGAUGUCUGGUCAGGAGCUCCCAGAGUCUCUCCACGGAUUUGAAGGCUGCUCCAUGGUGCCCUCUAUCUACCCACUGGAAACGCUGCACAACUCGCUCUCCCUGAAGCAGGUGGACGAGUUUCUCAACACAGUGUGUGAGAGCAGCAGUGAGGUCCAUGCCAAGACCAUGAAAGCGCUCUCUAGCUUGUUUGACUCCCAGAGCCAGACGUCUCUCUACAGCCCACAGCAGCCCCUGUCCUCCUCUGGCUCUGAGACGUCUCUUCGACCACCGAGCCAGCCUCUAUGGCAUGGCAGCAUCCCCUCCAGUGCUGUAUCCAGUGCAGGCCCCUCGUCCCCGACCACAGAGCCCUCUGGCCUGAGCUUCAGCUUCAGUGAGUAGACUUGGCAACUACGCAAGGACUUCUGGGUAACCGAGGACACGAUGUAAGGACCCAGUGCCUUGCUGUUGUUUUUCCAUCUCUUCCUCUCUCCUUCUGCUCACAUUCACAAUCACCGCUGGAGCUGAUGCUGAAUCUGGAGAGAGGCCGCUCUGUCUGAGGCGUUGCUCUCAAUCCAUAAACACAGACAAACAAACCGCACUGCAGCUCCACUCUCUUCCUCAGCGCACCAGCCCUGCUCGCAAACCGAAGACCUUCAACAGGUGAAAACGUCUCGUCGCCUCAGGCCACCACCUCUUGAGUCUGUCAACACAUUAAUAACCCAGAUCUGACAACAGCAACAGUGCAUCAUCAGGCCAACAUCCAGACCAAUUAAUGCUUUAGCUGAAUUCCAGUGCUGCCUACGCAAAAUCAACCAGUGCCUUCUACUUGUUUGUGUUAUUUAUUUUGUCUUUAUUCGGUCCAAACACGUUUUUAAAAAAUGUUUCUCCCAUCUCUAGCUGACUUCAAUCUGACUGCAACCAUUCACACCCAUGAAAUAGAUCAGUCUUUUAUUUUUCAGUGACUCUGACUGAGUUUGUGCUUCAGCUGCAGAUGUUUGCACGUGCACUGAAAGUUGAAACCUAAAGCAGAAUGUUUGACAUUUUGAAGGACGAUUUCAACACUUUGUUUAAGAACUGGUAUGAUCUGUCUCUCUCUCUGUUCUCAUGUGUCUAUGAAGGAUGAAGCUGCAGGCAGUUAGCUUAGUUUAACAUAGUAACGAUAGCAAAAGUAGUUUUAGUUGUACAGUGGUAGGACCCACGUCUACAUCUACAUUAAGUUUUUGAUUGAAAUGAAAUGAGUGGGUUGUUAUUUGUUUUAUUAAUGAUUAAUUAGUGGCUGUUGGCAGGAAGAUUUGAAUAAGUUUGGCCAGAGUAGCUUUAGCUGCUUCCAGUCCCUGAGCUAACCUAAGAUAACUGGCUGUUGGACUUCAGAUCGGAUCAGAUCGAUCUUCUGUCUUGGUCAGUCUUGGUCAGAAAAGAACAAAACCUUCCUCAAAAUGUCAAACUGUUCCUUUAGUUCACUUUUAACAUUAUUACAUAUGAGCAUCUUGAUUAUUGACUGAAAGCGCUUGUCUCCAUUGGUAAAUCACUUAAUUCCAAAGCAAGAUUUGGACCAUUUUAACUUGGCGCCUGCUAAAUUCAGACUUUCAAAGUAGGAUACAGGAUAUUAUAUAAUUUAAGACUCAAGACAGAUCACAGGACUGUAUUCAUUUUUUUUUCUUUGUGUGUCUGCUGUUUAAUUUCUGGGGCGUGUAAAUGUGCCUUUAAAUAUCCUUUGAGAUCCAUUUGAUUUUAGGAACGUUUCUGGUAAAGUUUUGUUUUCGAAUGAAAGGGAGGACACCACUCGUUCAGGUAAACGGUAAAACCAGCUGGCAAUGUGUUUUCUCACUUGAUGCUGUUUGUGUCUGCAGUCUGCUGUUGUGCCAAAUGAUGUGUUUUUAAUGAGUCAAAUGACUGUUUCUCAUCGAUAAUGCUCAGGUAGACAAGAUUACUCUAAAGAUCUAGGUUUUAAUGACAUGUGAAUGAACUGGGGGUCAAUUCAUUUCCAAUAAAGGUGGAAUAAAUUCAGUGGUGAAUUAACUUUAAAACCCCAAAGAUGUGUUUUAUUACUUUGACCAAAACCUGUAAAACAUAGAACCAUGAUUUACACACUUUGUUUGAGUGCUCUGAUGAUGAUCAUCUGCAGCACCGACAUAUAAACAGGUGAAAUAAAACUUCUCCUCCUCUCCCUUCAAAGUUGAAAAUGAACUGACCUCCAAAGCCCUUAAGAGUCUACUGUAGAACAAGCUGAUAUGUUUUAGUCAUCUUGGAAAGAGUUCUAGUUUUAGACUUGAAUUAAUUUUUACAUAAAGGCGGGUUGACGUUGGUCAUUUUAGCUGCGUAUUUAUGUGAUUAUUUAAUGUGCUGUUAUUUAACGCCGGCCGAACAGAGGUGUGUGUCCUGUCGUGUGUCUGGCUGCCGGAGAACAGGGUCGAGGUUGAACGUGUGGAAUCUUUACAUCUCUGUCUCGCUCCAUCACCUGUUUAGUCUUUUCUUUUUUUUUUCCUGUCUUUCUUUUUUUGUGGGGUGGGAGGGAGGAGUAAUAAAAACAUGAAUUAAAAUGGAAAUAGUGUUUUUCGCUGGUGUGUGUCUGUGUUUUAAUGUCUCACGGUGCAGACACAUAAACCUGUUAUUGCUCCAUAAAUAAAGCUCCUUGUCGGUGCUCCGCCA